CAGGGGCACUAGAGGAAUUAAAGAUACACACAGAGAAAUAUAGAGUGUGGAGUGGCAAAUCGGGGCUGACAGCCUUCAGAGCUGAGAGCCACGAACAGAAAUUUACCCACAUAUUUACUGACAGCAAGCCAGUGAUAAGCAUUGUUUCUGUAGAUUAUAGAUUAACUAAAAGUAUUCCUUUCGGGAAACAAAGGGAUGGGCCAAAACAAAGGGAUAGACUCUGGCUAGUUAUCUGCAGCAGGAACAUGUCCUUAAGGCACAGAUCACUCACACUAUUGUUUGUGGUUUAGGAACACGUUUAAGUGGUUUUCUGCCCUGGGUGGGCCAGGUGAUCCCUGCCCUCAUUCUGGUAAACCAACAAUCUUCAGUGUGGGUGUCAUGGCCAUCACAAACAUGUCACAGUGCUGCAGAGAUUUUGUUUAUGGCCAGUUUUGGAGCCAGUUUAUAGCCAUAUUUGGGGCCGUGUUCCCAACACCUAAGUCUCUAUCACAGCGUGAUGGUUGAAUUGGUAGCCAGUACCGCCAGGCAUCCUGCAUCAUCACUGCAGGAGGUAAGCUCUACCCUAGUACCCUGUAUGGGAAAUAGUGCACCCACAGUCCCCUAUCUUACUAAGUUUGUGGGGUAACAGCAGGGAGUGGUCUUCAGGAGAGAAAUCUGACCUGGUGUUUUGGUUUUGUGAGUGGGAGGUAUUCUCAGCUGUCUCCCCACAGGGAGAGAGCCUAUUACCCCCUAUGCAUUCUAGAUUUCUGAAGCAGGGUCUCCAGCUUAAGUCCCUAUCCCUUAGAGAGAUUGUAUUGAAAAUGUGUUUAAAAUAUCAAGGAAGGCUUUAUUCAGCACAAUUGUAAUGUGUGUCAUGAGAACUAUAAUAUGGAGUGAGAUUACAGUUCUGUAUAUUAUAUUACAGUUCUCACGACAUGUAAUAGGCUGUCUCCCUGAGUUUAAUCUCCCUCCUAUAUUACAGGGCAAAGCGAGGGAAAGGAAAGGAUGGAACUUGGUGAGGUGUCAGCAGUUAGGGAAGACAAAGUUGUUGGAUUAUCAUGAGUGAGGGAAAUUGAACUUGAUUGGCAAUACUAAGUUUUGGUGGGGAGGGGGGGAUUCUCUGUGCACUGCCUUAAAAGGCUUUUUGCUGUAACUGGGCUCUGCAGAAGGCCAAAGCCUAGACAAGAAGAGGGCUGUGAGCUCAAAUUUGGUCAAAGAAGGAGUCCUGGCCAGGUGCAGUGGCUCACAGCUGUAAUCCCAGCACUUUGGGAGGCUGAGGUGGGUGAAUCAUGAGGUCAGGAGUUUGAGACCAGCUUGGCCAACAUGGUGAAACCCCCAUCUCUACUAAAAAUACAAAAAAAUUAGCCGGCUGUAGUGGGGGUGCCUGUAAUCCCAGCUACUUGGGAAGCUGAGGCAGGAGAAUUGCUUGAACCCAGAGGCAGAGGUUGCAGUGAGCCAAGAUUGCGCUACUACUCUCCAGCCCGGGCGGCAGAGUGAGACUACUCCGUCUCAAAAAAAAGAAAAAAAAAAAAGAAAAAGUAAAGCAGGAGUCCUUAAGACCCCUGUAGCUUAGUGCUGGUUUUGUUUUGUUUUGUUUUGUUUUAUUUUGUUUUUGAGACAGUCUCGCUCUGUCGCCUAGGCUGGAGUGCAAUGGCUCAAUCUCAGCUCACAGCAACCUCCACCUCCCCAAUUCAAGAGAUUCUCCUGCCUCAGCCUCCCCAGUAGCUGGUAUUACAGGCACCCAUCACUACACCCAGCUAAUUUUUGUGUUUUUAGUAGAGACAGGGUUUCACCAUGUUAGUCAGUCUGGUCUCGAACUCCUGACCUCAGGUGAUCUGGCCACCUCUGCCUCCCAAAGUGCUGGGAUUACAGGCGUGAGCCGCCACGCUCAGCCACCUCUUCUUAGGAAUGACAAUAAAUCCCUAAAUUUCUGCUUUCCUCGCUACAUUCCAAAACACUCACUCCUCUCUUGAAAGGAUGUCUUCAAUUAUGUGUUUCUCAUGAUACACUUGAAACAGCUACAGUAUUUAUUAUUUUUUACUUUAAUAAAUGGCUAUAUUUAAAAUUUUAUUAUUUUAUGAAUACUUUUCAUGAGAGAAAGUGCUCUACACUGUGUAAAAUACUUAUGCCUGUUGACUCCUGAUGUUGAGCACCACUUCAUAUACUUAUUGGUCAUUUCUAUGUAUUGCAGAAAUGUCAUUCAAAUACUUUUGCUCUUUUUUUAAUUUUUUUGAGACACAGUCUUGCUGUCUUGCCCUGGCUGGAGUGCAGUGGCACAAUCUCGGCUCACUGUAGCCUCUGCUGCCCAGAUUCAAGCGAUUCUCCUGCCUCAGCCUCUUGAGUAGCUGGGAUUACAGGAAUGUGCCAUCAUGCCCGGCUAAUUUUUGUAUUUUUAGUAGAGAUGGGGUUUCACCAUUUUGGCCAGGCUGGUCUUGAGCCCCUGACCUCAAGUCAUCCGCCCACCUCGGACUCCCAAAGUGCUAAGAUUACAGGUGUGAGCCAUCAUACCUGGCCUAUGCCCAUCUUUUAAUCAAUAUCAAUUAGUUUUUUUUUUUUACUUGGUACUGUGAUUAUUUUUAAUUAUUGUAAAAUAAUAAUCUUCAAUUUUACCAGCUUAAGCAGUUUUAAGUGAAUAGUUGCACAACACUACAUAACUCAUCUAAGGUGAAUUAUACUGUAAUUUUCUUUUUGUGACUAGCUUUUUGCAAUUACCAUAGCAUCCUGAAGUUUUGUGAUUGUUGUAGCAUGAGACAGGAUAAGAUUAAUAUUUCAAUGUAUAUAUAUGCCUAGCAUAUUUUCAUUAUGCAUGCAGCCAUCAAUGGACAUGUGGAUUGAUCCAGCUCUUUGAUUUUGUGAAGAAUGGUUUUCAAAUAUGUCUUCAAGGUUCAGUUUUCAAUUUUUUCGAAUUUAAUAUAACUAGACCCAAAAGUGGGAUGCUGGAAAAUAAUUUUAUUUUUUUAGGCACUACUGUACUGUUUCCAUAGAAGCUGAGCCAUUUAUUAUCCUUUAAACAGAGCACAAGGAGUCCCUUUUCCCUCUGUUGAUGGUGUCAUCUCAUGCACAAAAGUGGUUUUUUUGAGAUGGAGUCGUGCUGUUGCCCAAACUGGAGUGCAGUGGCAUGAUCUCAGCUCACUGCAACCUCCCACUUCUGGGUUCAAGUGAUUCUCCUGCCCCAGCCUCCCAAGUAGCGGAAUUACAGGUGCGCACCACCACACCUGGCUAAUUUUUGUAUUUUUAGUAGAGACGGUGUUUCACCACGUUGGCCAGGCUGGUCACCAACUCCUGGCCUCAGGUGAUCCACCUGCCUCAGCCUUCCAAAGUGGUGGGGUUACAGGCGUGAGCCACCAUGCCUGGCCACAAAAGUUUUUAAAAGUUUGAUAAAUAUUUGCCUUUUUGUUGAGACUAGGUGCCUGGAAAUUUUUUUUUUUUUUUUUUUUAAGAGGGAGUCUUGCUCUGUCACUCAGGCUGGAGUGUGGUGGUGUGAUCUUGGCUCACUGCAGCCUCUGCCUCUCGGAUUCCCGCAAUUCUCCUGCCUCAGCCUCCCGGGUAGCUGGGAUUACAGGCACGCACCACCACACCUGGCUAAUUUUAUUUUAUUAUUUUGAGACCGAGUCUCAAUCUGUUGCCCAGGCUGGAGUGCAGUGGCAUGAGCUCAUGAGUUUUUGUUUUAGUUAUUUAUGACUCAUCAUUUAGAUUGAUAAGACCUCUUGUAAAAUCCAGUUUUUUGGUUUUUGUUUCUGCUGCAGUACUCAGAACAAAAUUCACUUUCUAGAUAACAUCAAAGGUUAAACUUUGUCGAUAGGCAUUUUUUUCAAGGAUAUGCAGCCUCAGGACUGCUAAUGUUAACUUUUUCUGCACAGGAAUUUGGAAGACUUUGUUAUGGCAGGUGCUGUACUCCCACUUUACAAACAAACAUUAGGGGCAGCCCAGGCAGCACACCUUUCUGGAUUUACCAAAAAUACACAUUUUUCUAUUCUCCUGUUGCUUUACCACAUGGUUCAAUUGUAGCCUCAGAAUUACUUUAUGGAAGAAACUGAGUGUAGACAGAGAGUAUGAGGUCUGAUGGUCACGGAAUAAUUGUUUUGAGUCCACGGCAUGAUGGGAACUUCUUGGGAAUAGAGUAUAGGCUCCCAGUGCUGUUAGUCUUAUCCAUCCUCCUCUAUACAUGUGAGAUGUUUCAGGAUUCAGUGGCCUUUGAGGAUGUGGCUGUGACCUUCACCCAAGAGGAGUGGGCUUUGCUGGAUCCUUCCCAGAAAAAUCUCUAUAGAGAUGUGAUGCAAGAAACCUUCAGGAACCUGGCCUCUAUAGAAUUGUGGGAGAGAGACUCUUUGAAAGUAAAGAAGGUCAUCAGCAUGGAGAAAUUUUGACCCAGGUUCCAGAUGACAUGCUGAAGAAGAAAACAACUACUAGAGUAAAAUCAUGUGAAAGCAGUGUGUAUGGAGAAGUAGGCAGUGCUCAUUCAUCUCUUAAUAGGCACAUCAAAGAUGACACUGGACACAAGGCAUAUGAAUAUCAAGAAUAUGGACAGAAACCACAUAAAUGUAAAUACUGUAAAAAACCUUUCAACUGUCUCUCCUCUGUUCAGACACAUGAAAGGGCUCAUAGUGGAAGGAAACUCUAUGUUUGUGAGGAAUGCGGAAAAACAUUUGUUUCCCAUUCAAGCCUUCAAAGACACAGGAUAAUGCACAGUGGAGAUGGACCUUAUAAGUGUAAAUUUUGUGGGAAAGCCUUGAUGUUUCUCAGUUUGUAUCUUAUCCACAAACGAACUCACACUGGAGAGAAACCAUAUGAAUGUAAACAGUGUGGUAAAGCCUUUAGUCAUUCUAGUAGCCUUCGAAUACAUGAAAGAACUCACACUGGGGAGAAGCCUUAUAAAUGUAAUGAGUGUGGGAAAGCAUUCCAUAGUUCCACAUGCCUUCAUGCUCAUAAAAGAACUCACACUGGGGAGAAGCCAUAUGAAUGUAAACAGUGUGGGAAAGCCUUCAGCUCUUCCCAUUCCUUUCAAAUACAUGAAAGAACUCACACGGGGGAGAAGCCAUAUGAAUGUAAGGAAUGUGGAAAAGCAUUCAAGUGUCCCAGUUCUGUUCGUAGACAUGAAAGAACCCACUCUAGGAAAAAACCCUAUGAAUGUAAACAUUGUGGGAAAGUAUUAUCUUAUCUUACCAGCUUUCAAAACCACCUGGGAAUGCACACUGGAGAGAUAUCUUAUAAAUGUAAGAUAUGUGGGAAAGCCUUUUAUUCUCCCAGUUCACUUCAAACACAUGAAAAAACUCACACUGGAGAGAAACCCUAUAAAUGCAACCAAUGUGGUAAAGCCUUUAAUUCUUCCAGUUCCUUCCGAUAUCAUGAAAGAACUCACACUGGAGAGAAACCUUAUGAGUGUAAGCAAUGUGGGAAAGCCUUCAGAUCUGCCUCACUCCUUCAAACGCAUGGUAGGACUCACACGGGAGAGAAACCCUAUGCAUGUAAGGAAUGUGGAAAACCAUUUAGUAAUUUCUCUUUCUUUCAAAUACAUGAAAGGAUGCACAGAGAAGAGAAGCCAUAUGAAUGUAAGGGUUAUGGGAAAGCAUUCAGUUUGCCCAGUUUAUUUCAUAGACAUGAAAGGACUCACACUGGAGGGAAAACCUAUGAAUGCAAGCAGUGUGGCAGAUCCUUCAACUGUUCGAGUUCCUUUCGAUAUCAUGGAAGGACUCACACUGGAGAGAAACCCUAUGAAUGCAAGCAAUGUGGAAAAGCCUUCAGAUCUGCCUCACAGCUUCAAAUUCAUGGAAGGACUCACACUGGAGAGAAACCUUAUGAAUGUAAACAGUGUGGGAAAGCCUUUGGAUCUGCCUCGCACCUUCAAAUGCAUGGAAGGACACAUACUGGAGAGAAACCCUAUGAAUGUAAGCAGUGUGGGAAGUCUUUUGGAUGUGCCUCGCGACUUCAAAUGCAUGGAAGGACUCACACUGGAGAGAAACCGUAUAAAUGUAAGCAAUGUGGGAAAGCUUUUGGAUGUCCCUCAAACCUUCGAAGGCAUGGAAGGACUCACACUGGAGAGAAACCCUAUAAAUUUUGCAGAUGUCUCCAAGGAGUCCAAGGACAAGUCCAAAGACAGAGACAAGCAAUGAUGGCGAUGACGAUCCUAGUCAAUAAAAACGGGGCAGAUGUCGGCGGCAAGCCACCCAGGUGCCAAGGCAAGAGACCGAAGGCACAAGCUGUUUCCAGUAUAAUAAAGAAAAUAUAUAGAAUAAGAAUAGCUAUACUAGAAAUAGAUUAUAGAUAUGAUUAUAUAUGAAUAUCAUUAUCAUUAGUUUGUAGCAUUGCUCUUUAUUCCAAUAUUAUAAUAAUAUUUCUUCUACAAUUAUAACCUAGGAAAAACGAGGCCAUACAGAGAUAGGAGCUGAAGGGACACGGUAAGAAGUGACCAGAAGACAAGUGUGAGCCCUCUGUUACGCCUGGACAGGGCCACUAGAGGGCUCCCUGGUCUAGCGGUAACGCCAGCGCCUGGGAAGGCACCCGUUACUUAGCAGACUGGGAAAGGGAGUCUCCCUUUCCCCGGGGGAGUUAGAGAAGACUCUGCUCCACCACCUCUUGUGGAAGGCCUGACAUCAGCCAGGCCCACCCGCAGCCAUCCGGAGGCCUGACCGUCUCCCUGUGAUGCUGUGCUUCAGCGGUCACGCUCCUGGUCCGCUUUCAUAUUCCACCCUGUACACCUGGCUCCGUCUUCUAGAUAGCAGCAGCAGAAAUAGUGAAAGUACUAAAGUCUUUGAAAUGCAUAGAAGAAAUCAUGACGUAAGCUGUCCUCUCUCCCCAUCUUAGCUACCAAACAGGGAAGGGCCCCCUGUGUGGCGGACACGUGACUCACGUGACUUUACCUAUCACUGGAGAUGACUCACACUCCCUACCCUCCCCCCUUGUCUUGUAUCCAAUAAAUAACAGCGCAGCCAGGCAUUCGGGGCCACUACCGGUCUCCACAUCUAGGUGGUAGUGGUCCCCGCGGACUGUCUUUUUUUCUCUUUGUCUUGUGUCUUUAUUUCUACGAUCUCUUGUCUCCGCACACGAGGAGAAAAACCCACAGGCCCAGUGGGGCUGGACCCUACAUAGGGUUUGUUGGCCAGGCUGGUCUCAAACUCCUGACCUCAGGUGAUCCACCCACCUCGGCCUGCCAAAGUGCUAGGAUUACAGGUAUGAGCCGC